AUGAGCCUUUAUAAUUUUAACAACCAAAAAGAAUUGAAAUCGGUUAACUCUACUCGUUUCUGCGAACUCCGGUUAACAAGUCGGAGGGAGAUUCCAGGUUUGGGCGCGAUGUCGUUAAACCCUAGCAACGGCGGAACCGGCCAGAAGGCGAAAGUGGUGGUGAUAAUGGGUUCAACAGGAUCUGGGAAAUCGAAGCUAGCCGUUGACUUGGCUUCUCAAUUUCCGGUGGAGAUCAUAAACGCCGACGCAAUGCAAAUCUACAGUGGCCUCGACGUUCUCACUAAUAAGGUCACCAUCACUGAGCAGAAAGGAGUGCCUCAUCAUCUACUAGGGACGGUGAGCCCAGAUAUGGAGUUCACUGCUAAGGAUUUUCGUGACUCGGCUUUUCCUCUUAUUGAGGAGAUCCUUUCUCGCAAUCACAUUCCUGUUCUCGUUGGAGGAACUAACUAUUACAUACAGGCUGUUGUUAGUAAAUUUCUUCUUGAUGAUUCAACAGAAGAUACCAAUGAUUGCUUUUUGAAUGUUACCCCAGGCUUGAUGGCCGAGUCUAUCUCUGGGUUAGAUGAUUUGAGCCAUAGCUAUGACCUUCUUAAAGAGCUUGAUCCUGUGGCAGCUAAUCGAAUCCAUCCUAAUAAUCACCGAAAAAUUAAUCAAUACCUGAGCUUGCAUGCUACUAGAGGAGUUCUUCCAAGCAACCUAUAUCAGGGAAACGCUGCAGAGGGCAGAACUGGGGAUGCAUCGACGCCUCUCGUUUCGAUUACUGUUUGA